AGAGAUGAGAGUCGUAUGAGUCGCGAGUGAGAGAAGAGAAGCGCGCGCACCGCACUGAGAUUGGAGAGCUCCUUUCCGCGCGCUUUGAUUACACAAAUCAAAUGGAUUUCUUUAAAUGAUUUAUUUAAAAUGCACAGCCAGGAACUGUUUAUUAGAAUGUAACCGCAGAGAAAUUCCCGAUGAAGGGUGUCAUGUUACAGAUUUGGUUAAUGGAGUGCAGUGACACCUGCAUUCCGAAGCGCGCGUCUUGUUUUCUGAUCGCCGUGCCGAGAGGGAUUCGGUCUUAAUGCGGUGUUUACCUGUUAUCAACUAUAAUGGCGGAGCUGGAAGUUUUGAGAAAUAUCAGUUUGGAGAAGGUUGAGCGAUGCAUGAGUGUGAUGCAGUCGGGGACUCAGAUGGUGAAGCUGAAGAACGGCUCUAAAGGUCUGGUCCGGCUCUUCUAUUUGGAUGAACACCGUUCCUGCAUCCGCUGGAGACCGUCUCGCAAGAGUGAGAAAGCCAAGAUCACCAUCGACUCACUCUACAAGGUCACAGAAGGUCGACAGUCUGACAUCUUCCAUCGGCAUGCGGAAGGGAGCUUUGAUCCGGGCUGUUGUUUCACUAUUUACCACGGCAAUCACAUGGAAUCUCUGGAUUUGGUGACCUCAAACUCAGAGGAAGCGCGGACAUGGGUGACCGGACUCAGAUAUCUGAUGGCUGGGAUCAGUGAUGAAGAUUCACUAGCCAAGAGACAACGCACACAUGAUCAGUGGAUGAAGCAGACCUUUGAGGAGGCUGAUAAGAAUGGAGACGGUCUUCUGAACAUUGAGGAGAUCUACCAGCUUUUACACAAGAUGAACGUCAACUUGCCUCGCAGGAAAGUCAAACAGAUGUUCCAGGAAGCAGACACUGAUGACCAGCAGGGCACACUGACAUUUGAGGAGUUCACUGUCUUCUAUAAGAUGAUGUCAUUAAGGCGGGACCUCUUCCUGCUGCUCAUGUGCUUCAGUGAGAAGAAGGAUCACCUGACCGCAGAGGAACUCGGCAACUUUUUGCGUGUGGAGCAAAAGAUGUCCAAUGUGACUCCUGAGUACUGUCUGGACAUAAUCAAUAAGUUUGAAGUCUCUGAGGAGAACAAGCAGAAUGGAGUUCUUGGAAUCGAAGGGUUCACCAAUUACAUGCGGAGCCCCGUCUGUGAUGUGUUCAACCCUCAGCACAACGAGGUCAAUCAGGACAUGGAUCAGCCUCUGUGUAACUACUUCAUAGCCUCUUCCCACAACACCUAUCUGACCGGAGACCAGCUGCUGUCCCACUCCAAGACGGACAUGUAUGCGUGGGUCCUGCAGGCCGGCUGCCGCUGUGUGGAGGUGGACUGUUGGGACGGUCCAGACGGGGAGCCUAUGGUCCAACACGGUUACACUCUGACCUCCAAGAUCACCUUUAAAUCAGUUGUUGAGACCAUCAACAAAUACGCCUUUGUGAACAAUGAGUUCCCCGUCAUCCUGUCCAUAGAGAAUCACUGCAGCAUUCAGCAGCAGAAGAAGAUCGCUCAGCACCUAAAAGAGAUUUUCGGAGACAAGCUGGAUGUGGCGGAGGCCCUGAACAAAGACCCCAAGCAGAUCCCCAGCCCGAACAGCCUCAAAGGAAAGAUACUCUUAAAGGGGAAACGUCUUCCUCCGUACCUGUCUGCUGAUGCUGAAGAGGGUGAGGUGUCUGACGAUGACAGUGCUGAUGAGAUUGAAGAUGACUUCAAGCUGAAGAAUAGCAUGUCUAACGGGCCCAGUCAGCACCAGGUGGAGUCCCACAUCAGGAAGAAGCUUGACUCUCUGAUGAAAGAGUCUCAGAUCGGGGACAAAGAGGACACCGACAGUUUCUCCAUCCGAGCGCUGCUCCGUGCCACCCAUGAGGGCCUCCAAAGAAACCUGCGCAAGAAUUCCAAAGAUGGCAUGAAGAAAUCCCAGAGCCGCUCCUUCAUCAGCAACCUCAAGCACAAGAGGCACUCCAAGUCAAGGCUGAAAUGUCAGAGCGUUGAAACAGAUGAUGACGGGCAGCAGGAACCAUCAGGUGGACAAUUCAACAGAGGUGGGAGGAGAAGGAAAACGAUAAAGCUGAGUAGAGAUCUAUCAGAUCUGGUGCUCUUCACCAACUCUGUGGCCUCUCAGGAGUGUUUAGAUGAGGGAUCGCCCUUUAAUGUUCUGUCAUUUAGCGAGACACGAGCUCAGCACCUGGUGCACCAUCGAUCUGAGCGCUUCCUGACUUUUAACCAACAACAGCUCUCUCGGAUCUAUCCCUCUGCCUACCGGAUCGACUCCAGCAACUUCAACCCACAGACGUACUGGAAUGUUGGUUGCCAACUAGUGGCUUUAAACUACCAGACGGAGGGUCGUAUGAUGCAGUUGAACAGAGCCAAGUUCAUGGUGAAUGGAGGCAGUGGCUACGUGCUCAAACCCGGCCCCAUGUGUAAAGGCGCCUUUAACCCACUGAAUGAUGAUCCGCUCCCUGCAAAUCCUAAGAAACAGCUGGUGAUAAAAAUCAUUAGUGGACAGCAGCUGCCCAAACCUCCGGAUUCAAUGCUGGGAGACCGUGGAGAGAUCAUUGAUCCUUUCGUUGAGGUGGAGAUUAUUGGUCUUCCGGCUGAUUGCUGUAAAGAACAGACCAGGGUUGUGGAUGAUAAUGGAUUCAACCCUGUGUGGGAAGAGACUCUGUCCUUCACACUUCACAUGCCUGAGGUGGCUCUUGUGCGCUUCCUGGUCUGGGAUCACGACCCUAUUGGACGAGACUUUGUGGGCCAGAGAACCGUGGCUUUCAGCAGUCUCAUGCCAGGAUAUAGACACGUUUAUUUGGAGGGAAUGACAGAGGCAUCCAUUUUUGUCCAUAUCACAGUGCAUGACAUCUAUGGGAAGUGGAGUCCUUUAGUCCUCAACCCAAGCUAUACCAUAAUGCACUUGCUAGGAGCUAAUAAGGGUCGUCAGCUGCGGGGUUUCAGAGGCUUAUUUAAUAAAAGUUCCAAGUCCUCAGUGGACACAAAUAUCGGAGUUCCACCUCGUAAACGAUCCAUAACCGACCAUCUCCUUCGGAGGACUGCCAGCGCCCCUGCCAAGGGACGGAAAAAGACCAAGAUGGCAUUGGCUGAAGCUGCAUAUGACAGAAAGCACAGCACUGGAGACUCUCAACCCACUCAUGUAGAGAGGAGAGCGGGGAACAGAAAAGCCCUCCAACACCGCCCGGCAUCCAUGCCCCUGGAUAAGAUCCUACAAAGUCACCUCAACCUGUCCACCCCAGAAAGGGAGGGGCCUGAUCCUGGAGUUGACACAAUCAUUGAUUCCUUCCUCCAUGAGAAACCCAGAUCCGUCUCAGUGGAUCUUCUCUUUGAAAUGUCUGCCUUCAAAGAACCUUAUGUACAACACAUUUCAGACUGUAACACUGAGCCCAAAGAUACAAAAGAAAUUCCUUACCUGGUCAUUGUGGGCAGUAGGGAAAGUUUGAGUAAUUCUCACCAAGAACACUCAAGAGGUGGUCUCACCCAGACUGAAGCAGAUAAAUUAUGUUCUUCCAAAGGGCCAACAGACCACCGGUCAGGUCCGUCAGAUCAACGUAAUGACGGUGGUAGCUUACAGAACGAAGGAAGUCAAAGAGAAUUUAGACAGUUGGAAGCUCCUAAAAAGAACAUUCUAAAUCCCAAGGCAGCCACGUAUUCCACAACCUCCUCCUCUUCCUCUUCUUCAGGUACCAAAUCGCACCUUCCUAGAAUGGAUCUGCAAGACCAGAAAAGUCAAGUGUCCCUCCAAGACAGUGCUCUCUCUCGCCUUAUUGACGCCGUCUCGUUAGAUAACGAGUAUGACACUUGUGAGUCCAUAUCUGCUCUGAUUGGCCAAUUGGAGCUCACUGCUGAGCAGAGCACCCUACUUCUGUCCAACUCGCAACCCUUGAAAUAUAUCCCAUCUGACCUCCCUCAUCUCAACAAUGAGCUUUCCAGCACUCCACUAAAAUCUGUGCGCACAACCAUGAGACCUUCUAGUCCUGAAACGACUGAACCAGAAGUCUUUACCAUCUUGGAUGAGGAGGUGCUUUCUCCUGUAUCUACAAACAGCUUUUCUCAAAACAAUGGCUUAGUUGACUCUCCUGUGGUGAGCCAGGAAUCCUCACCCAUCAAGAUGCCUGGAAUUCUAAAGCAAAGCUAUUCUAAUGGUUCCUUCAGGAACUUUGAAUUUGAAGGUUACAGAGAAACCUCAAUUAACAGCACAGCCUCUGACCGCUUCUUGCUGUGCCAGGACUCAGUAAGCAGCAGUCUGAUGGAGGUGGAGAUCAAUGUGGACGGGGACCCUUUAGACAACACGCUGACCCCUUCAAGUCCGCUUCGAGAUUUCAGAAGCGUCCAAGGCUUAUCCCCCUAUCACAUACCAAGACUUGGACCCUCAUACCAUCCCUCUCCUGUUCACUCCUACUCCACAAACACAUCACCCUUUCACAGACACUACCAGCCUCCACAACAAAAUCGGUUCUCUAGCACCUACCUUACUGGCAAAUCCCAACCAAGGAAGUUUAACUGUUAUAAUGACACCAGAACGGAUACCACAGAGGCGAGGCCCCAGGAGACAAGAGACCAAAACAUCUUGGUCAACCGACACAAAAGCUCCUCAGAAUGUCUUGCAAAGACUCAAGUCUGCCAUGCUUUGUUAGAGAGGGACUUGUACACACCUGUUUCAGACUACAACAUGACUUCAGUUGAAUUGCAAGAGCCAACUCCACACAGUCAGGCAUUUCCUGUACCUCCUCCUCAGAUCCACAACGGACUCUCCCCAGCUUCUUCUUCCAAGUCCAAGAGCCUGGGAGACCUGACCUCCGAGGACAUUUCAUGCAACUUUCAGAGCAAGUACAAGUCAAUCAGCCGAAGUUUUGUCACUCCUGCAAUGCAAGACCAAAGAAGACGGAUGUGUGGGUUGUCCAGUCGUCCGAAGUCCGCUGAUCCCUUAACCGAGCAGCUUCGCAAGCUUGUGACCUUAGAACAUGAAGAUUAUACGCGUCCCCUUCCCUCUUGUUCUCAACCUGCUCCAAAACCUCUUUCAGUGCUCCCUCUGGUUUCUGCCGAUGAUCAUGAAGACCCUCCACCAUUUCUGUCCAGGCGACUGUCAUCCCGCAGUCAAAGUCGUGUACGUCAUAUAGCCAGUCGUGCACGUGAGAGACAGCAGGAGGCCUCCAAACACCGGGAAGUAGUACUCCGUAAUAAGCCAGUCUCCUCCCAAAACCCUCCACCAAAUAGGCACUCUACAGGCUCUUAUAUCGCUGGUUACCUGGACCAGCUGGGUCCCGAGGCCCGAGGCUUGCCUGAAGGAGCCUGCACCUCACUACACUACGGAUACGGAGAUCGCUACUAUAAUGACGAUUCUGUACUCCCUCCUGACUUCUCCAAUCCAUCAGAACCUGAGGUCUUCUUCCUGCUUAGGCUUUGACCUUGCAUCUCACCUACUGUUUUUGACUGUGCAUGUAUUUCCUAGUUACAGCUGCAACUACAUGUAGCAGGACACUUCCAGAACUGUGUACAUAUACCAUAUAACACGGUCUCCUACAUGUGCUGUAUCAAACUAGUUAUUUUAUAUACAGUACCGGUCAAAAGUUUGGAAACAUUACUAUUUUUUUUUAUUUUUGAAAUAAGUAUCUUAUGCUUAUCAAAGCUGCAUUUAUUUGAUUAAAAAAAAUAC